AUGAACACUGGUUGCAACUUGGACAUCGCUUCUGGAAUCAAGUCAACGAAGAUGGUGAGAGUUAUUGGAUAUUUGAAAGUUGAGACCCUUCUUGUCCAGCCAAUCCCAUUGAUUCCAACACUUGACGUGUUUCCUUUGAUUUGGUUGGUGCUACUCAUCAUCUCUCUUCUGAAACUGGGGUUUGCAUUUAUCCUCAUCGUCGUCCUUGCACUUGUGUUCAAUAUUAGUACCAAUGUUAUUGGUUUCACCUAUGCGUAA